AUGAAAAGGCAGAAUCAGAGCUCUGUGGUUGAAUUCAUCCUCUUGGGCUUUUCUAACUAUCCUGAACUGCAAGGGCAGCUCUUUGGGGUUUUCUUGGUGAUUUACCUGGCUACUUUCACUGGAAAUGUCAUCAUUAUAGUUGUCAUCUCCCUGGAACAGAGCCUCCAUGUCCCCUUGUACCUGUUUCUCCUGAACUUGUCUGUGUUAGAAGUGAGUUACACUGCAGCUAUUGUACCUGAAAUGCUGGUGACCCUUUCCACUGAAAGAGCGACGAUUACUUUUGCAGGCUGUUAUUCACAGAUGUACUGUAUUCUCUUCUUUGGUGGGACUGAAUGUUUUCUCCUGGGGGCAAUGGCUUAUGACCGCUACUCUGCCAUCUGCCAUCCUCUGAACUACCCAGUGAUUAUGAACAAAAGUGUUUUCAAGAAAUUAUUGAUUUUCUCAUGGGUUUCCUGGAUAGUGGUGGCUACUGUACAGACCACAUGGGUAUUUAGUUUUCCCUUUUGUGGGCCCAAUGAAAUUGAUCAUAUCUCUUGUGAAACCCCAGCAGUGCUGGAGCUUGCAUGUGCAGACACUUAUUUUUUUGAAAUCUAUGCAUUCACUGGCACCAUUUUGAUUGUCUUAGUUCCUUUCCUGUUGAUACUCUUGUCUUAUGUUCGAAUUCUCUUUGCCAUCCUGAAGAUUCCAUCCAACACUGGGAGGCAGAAGGCAUUUUCCACCUGUGCCUCCCAUCUGACUUCUGUUACCCUCUUCUAUGGCACGGCCAUUAUGACUUACUUACAGCCUAAAUCUGGCUACUCUCCAGACACCAAGAAAUUGAUGUCAUUGUCUUACUCCCUUCUUACUCCUCUGCUGAAUCCACUGAUUUACAGUUUGAGAAACAGUGAGAUGAAACGAGCUUUCCUGAAAUUAUGGCGAAGAAAAGUGAAUUUACACACAUUCUGA